UUAUAUAUAGUUAUUACGUUUUUAUUUGUAAAUUGGUAAUAUAACUUCAGUUGUACUACGUCUACGUCUAUUGGGCCUUUUAAACUUUAUACAGUAAUUAUUACGUUCUGAACGUUGUCAAUGACGUUGUUGUAAGCAUUCGAAUUCGAAUAUUUCGAAAACACAGUAAAAUUUAUGUAAAAUUUUACUUAGGGAACAUCUAAGUAAAGUCGCGAAGGAGAACUCCUAGAACAAGUAAUCUCCUGGAAGUCAACAUGCUUUGCUAUAACUUCCUUUUCUCCUCAAUUGUUGAUACUGCAACUUUCCUCUUGAGCUUCAUUGUUUCCACACUUUUCUUGGAUGCUGUGUCUGAUAGAUAGGGGUUACUAUGUGUAAAACUAAACUUACCAAAAAUGAAGCAAAAAAAGGACAAAAAAACAGACAGGUGUGAUGCAAGAGAUGCUUUUACAGCAAAAGCAAGAGACAACUUGGAUUCAGAACAGAUGGUGUUUAUGCAAUGAAAUAAUUAAACAUGGUAACCCGAGCUGGAAAGAAGCUUUUAAGAAACACAAUACGUACCAUAGAUCAUCAUAAUAGAGUUUUAGAAGAACAGGAUAUGUGGAGACAGUGGGAGUUACAGCAAGGUUUAACAAUGAUGGUCUCUGACGAUGCAGUUCACUCACGAUCAAAGUAUUUAAAAAUGGAUUUGGAAAAUCAUUCGCAAAGAUAUAAACCAGAAUAUAGAGAGAGUGUAGAUUUGGAUUUGCAAAAUCAAGAUGUGAAAAGUUUGAAGAAGAUGAGAAAUUAUUGGUUAAAUAAAUUAGUGGAAGCUGAAGAACAAGAUCCUGAUAGAUGGGGCCAUAGUGGAUAUAAAGAACUAUAUCCAGAAGAGUUUAAUAAGCCAUCAUCAUCAAAAAGUGAUAUUGAUAAAUGCUGUAAAAGGAAGAAAUCAAAAAAGAAAAAGAAAAUUAAAAAAAAGACAUCAAAGGAAAAAUCUUCAGAUAGCAGUGAAGAAUCGUCCGAAGUCAGCUCUGACGAGACGUCCUCCUCUUCUAAAUCAUAUUUGCAGGCCAGGAAGAAAUUAAAAGAUGGGAUUGUUAAUGCAGUUUUAAUAAAUGGAGAAAAUAUUAAAAAGUGUAAGAAAAAAGCUGCAAAGAAAAUCAAAUUACAUGGGACAAUAAAUAAGAAAAGAAAAGAAAAGUACAAGAAAAGGAGAAGGAAAACCAAAUCCCAAGAUGGCUCCUUGGAAUUAAUUUGGGUGGAGAAAACUGCAGAUGGAAGUUGAUGUCAAUAUUUUUAAAGUAAUUGUCACCAUUUGUCUGUAACAUAUAUUAUAUUUAUAUAUCUGUUUUUAUUGAGUACUUUCAGAAAUGGAAUUUUUAUACGAAACAAACACAAGUUUCCAUAUAAUUAUAUAUAUGUAUACUCUCAUGUAGUUCUCUUCAUUUCAUUAAUGUAUAUAAUGUACAGUACAUAUGUACCCAAUUCCAAAAUCACAUUAGAUCAUUAAACAUUAUUUAUUUAAAUUUUUAAUCA